GUGCUUGAUACUACCUACCCGUAUGAGACAAAUGCCGAAGACCACGGCGAGACUUCAGCCAGAGCCUACGAAGACAUUGCGCCUAUUCUGUCACUGCUGUGCAAACGGUUAGGCAAGAAACGACACGAACUCAAGAUUUACGAUCCGUACUACUGUCAG